UUAACAUUUUCGUUGCAGGUGAAUAAGCUUGGUAUUGUUGCUGUGAGUAAUGCUUUGCCACAAGACAUUACAUGUUUGGCAGCAGACCGCAUGUUGAUAUUUGCUUCGUACGACAAUAUUCUUCAUGCUUUUGCCAGGAACAAAGAGGUGGUUCAUACCUAUGAAGGUCACAAGGCAAGGAUACACCUUCUGCAGCCUUUUGGUGAUCAUGUCAUCUCUGUGGAUGUUGAUAAUGUCCUUAUUGUUUGGAAUACACAGUCAGAAGAGGAGUAUCUUCAAGUGGGUUUUGAUAAGGCCACUUUUGCAGUUUCUGCAAUUCUGCAUCCCAGCACCUAUUUAAAUAAAAUUCUGCUUGGGAGUGAACAAGGGAGCUUGCAGCUAUGGAAUAUAAAAUCCAACAAACUCUUAUACUCGUUUCCAGGGUGGCACUCUGCAGUCACAACUCUUGAACAAGCUCCAGCAGUGGAUGUUGUUGCAGUCGGUCUUGUAUCUGGUCAUAUCAUUGUACAUAAUAUUAAGUUUGAUGAAACUCUGAUGAAAUUUCAACAAGACUGGGGUCCCAUCACAGCAAUAUCUUUUCGUACAGAUGGACACCCAGUAAUGGCAGCUGGUAGCCCAAUUGGACACAUUGCUUUGUGGGAUCUAGAAGAGAAGAAAUUAAUGUGUCAGAUGCAAGAUGCCCAUUCCACUGCAAUAGCUGGUAUGUCGUUUGUCCCUGGAGAGCCACUUCUUAUUACUAAUGGUGCUGAUAAUGCUAUACGGGUGUGGAUUUUUGAUGGACCUGGUGGUACAGGACGUGUAUUGAGAAGUCGAAUGGGACAUAGUGCACCACCAACAAAAAUCAGAUACCAUGGGCAAAAUGGAGAGCAAAUUCUUAGUGCAGGUCAAGAUGGAACAUUGCAGUCUUUUUCAACAGUACAUGAAAAGUUCAAUAAAAGUUUAGGACGUGGUUCAAUUAACAAAAAGAAGUCGAAAAAGAAAGGUCUUAAGCUGGAUACAAUGGCACUUCCACCAAUUACAGUCUUUGCUUCAGAAGUGGCACAUCAGAGUGAUUGGGAUAGUAUUGUUGCCUGCCAUCAAGGGUAUAUAACUUGUACAACCUGGAACUAUCAGAAAACUUCCAUGGGAGCUCAUAAACUGAAGCCAGAAGAAUUUAGCAAACACAAGCCUAUUGAUGUAUAUGCAACAGCAGUUGACAUUACCUCAUGUGGGAACUUUGCUGUAAUUGGGCUGUCAACUGGACGGGUAGAUGUGUAUAACAUGCAAUCUGGCAUUCAUAGAGGGUGUUACGGCAAAGAAAGAGCACAUGAGGGAGCCAUUAGGGGGGUAGCAGUGGAUGGAUUAAACCAGUUGAUAAUCACAGCUGGUAGUGAAGGAUUAAUUAAAUUUUGGAAAUUCAAAACUAAAGAUCUAGUUUACUCCACUGAGCUUUCUUCUUCUCCAAGUGGAAUUCUGCUUCACAGAGACAGUGGUAUUCUGGGAAUUGCCUUUGAUGACUUCAGUAUUAGUGUUCUGGAUAUAGAAACAAGGAAGAUUGUCAGGACAUUCUCAGGACACCAUGGACGGAUUAAUGACAUGACUUUCAGUCCUGAUGGUCGUUGGCUAAUAACUUCAUCAAUGGAUUGUACCAUUAAGACCUGGGACCUUCCCUCUGGAUGCCUCAUAGAUUGUUUUUUGAUAGACUCCGCAGCUGUGAGCCUUGCUAUGUCUCCUACAGGAGAUUUUCUAGCUUCAACACAUGUGGAUGACCUUGGAAUUUAUUUGUGGUCAAACCGUUCCCUGUAUUCACUUGUCUCUUUACGGCCCCUUCCAGCAGAUUAUGAACCUUCCAUGGUGACACGCCCUAGCACCUGCCCUGUGCAAGAUGUGGAUGUGGUAGAAGAUGAAGAAACAUGUGAUGAAAUGAUAGAAUAUGUCUCACCUGAGCAAUUGGGAGAGCAGCUAGUGACCCUUUCCUCAUUACCAGAAUCAAGGUGGAAGAAUCUCCUCAGUCUUGAUAUUAUCAAGAAAAAAAAUAAACCAAGAGAGCCACCAAAAGUUCCAAAGUCAGCCCCUUUCUUCAUCCCAACGGUUCCUGGUCUUAUACCCCGAUACGUUGCUCCAGAGGAAGAAAAUGAUACACAGUCAAAGGUAGUAAACCUUGGAGUACUGGCACAGAAAUCUGAUUUCUACAUUCGUCUGGAAGAAGCCCUGAGCACUAAUGAAUAUACAACUCCACUUAACUUACUGAAAAGCUUGGGACCAUCUCAUAUUGAGAUAGAACUAAGGGGUUUGGCUCCUGAAGGUGGUGGCUCAACGGAGGUGAUGCUAAGCUUUUUGAGAAUGAUUGGGAUGAUGUUGAACAAGAAGUACAACUUCGAACUUGCUCAGGCAUACCUUGCACUAUUUUUAAAGUUACAUCUUAAGAUUCUCUCAUCAGAGCCAAACCUAUUGGAAGAAGUAUCCAGAUUAUCAACACAACUCAAGGAAACUUGGAUUCACUUGCAGACUCUCUUCAAUCAGAGUCUGUGUGUAUUAACAUACAUGAAAAGUGCUUUGCUGUAA